UUCUGUUUAGCCAAGUCUCUUCUAAACACUAAUGUGUACUCGAUAUCACUCCCUUAAUCACACUAGAUUUUCUCAUCAACCAAACAAACCACUCUCGUCUACCUUCUCCUUUCAUAAGAAAAAUGAGGGAGAUCAUGUACAUGGAACUUCCGAUCCCAAGAAAAGUGAAGAAAAUAUGGGAUGCAUGGGACCUCCGAGUGUGCAUAAUGGGAAGUCUCCUCCUCCAAAUAGUCCUCAUCUUCUUCGCCCCACUUCGCCAACGCUUCAAGACCACUCCCCUCCGAGUCCUCCUCUGGUCAGCCUACCUCCUCGCCGACUGGGUCGCCGCCGUCGCCAUCGGAAUCAUCACAAAGAGCCAGGGAGACGUCGGCCACCUCGAGGGAAACGACGACCUCUUCGCACUCUGGGCAUCGUUUCUCCUUCUCCAUCUCGGCGGACCAGACAACAUCACCUCAUUCUCUCUCGAAGACAACGAGUUGUGGAUCAGACACUUGUUCGGACUCAUCUUACAAGUUCUCUCCGCUUCUUAUAGCCUUUACUUAACUCUCCCAACCAACAAGCUUUGGCUCCCAUCUCUCUUGGUCUUCGUCGGAGGAGUAAUCAAGUUCGCCGAGAGAACUCAAGCUCUCUACUUAGCCAGUUUGGACCAUUUUGGUACCACCGUUUUGCCUGAGCCGAAUCCCGGCCCCGAUUACGAAGAAGCCACCGCCACUUACUCCUCCAUCGUACGACAAUCACCGGACCACCAAACGACAACGAACUCCACCACUACUACUACUACGACUACUUCUUCUUCUGGAGGAGCCAUGUUAAGCGAGAUGAAGCUGCUUGAAAUCGCUUACGCUAGAUUCGAGAGCUUCAAGGGAUUAAUCGUUGGAUUUUUGGUGAGUUUGAAAGAUAGAGAAUCAAGUCGGAUUUACUUUCUCAAUGACAAUGCUUUAACUGCUUUUAGAUUGAUUGAGUACGAGUUAAGCUUCAUGUACCAAGUUCUUCACACUAAGGUGGUUGUUCUCCACUGCACCACCGGAUACAUUCUCCGCGCCGUUGGUUUCCUCUCCAUCGUCUCCGCCGCUAUCAUCUUCUUCACCAGAAAAAAGCAUAUCAAUCUCGAAUUCGGAAUAUUCGAGAUCAAAAUCACUUACGCUUUGUUUAUCGGAGCCAUUGUUCUCGACGUGAUUUCCGUCUUUAAAAUAGUCUUUUCCGAUUGGAUCCUCAUGCAUCGCCGGCACCGGAGAUGGCUCGGCAAACUAGUCCCUUCGGUGGUUUCAGAAAGAUCGAGGUGGUGCGGUUCGAUUUCGCAGUACAGCAUGAUCAACUACUGCCUCGACCGGAGAAGAUCAUGGAAGCUUGUGGACAAUUUCGCCGAAUGGUUUCGAGUAACCGAAAUCUUGGACUCCAUGAAAACCAUGAUUUUUUCGAAAUCAGAAACCGUCCCAGAUUAUUUGAAAGAAUUCAUAUUCGAUGAACUGAGAAUAAAAUCCAGCGAAGCGAAGACGUUAAGCGACGCCGUAAAGGCAUCCCAGCAGAGAGGCGACUCAGCACUGUCUAGAAACUCAUCGAGCUACGCCAAGCUGAAAUGGAGCGUUUCUGAGUUUCAAUACGGCGAAAGCCUUCUGGUUUGGCACUUAGCCACCGAGCUUUGCCAGAAUGAUCCGGAGGACAGGUCGAGCUACGGCGGUGAUGGGAAGAGAAUCAGUAAACUGAUAUCGGAUUACAUGUUCUAUCUUCUGGUGAUGAAAACGACAAUGUUGGCGCCUGUUCUGGGGAAUUGGCAUGUCGUUUUUCAGGACACUUGUGCUGAAACGAAGCGGUACUUGAACAAGCAUAAGCUGUCGAAGCAUUUUCAAGUGUAUGAGAAAACUGCUUUGAUUAAGACCAAGUUCAGAGCUUCUGCGGUGAAGGGUAUCACGAGCAAGUCGGUGUUUUUCGAUGCUUGUAUACUGGCGCAGCAGCUCCGGCUAGAGGUGAAUGGGCGGUGGAAUGUGAUGAGUCAAGUUUGGGUGGAAUUGUUGUCGUAUGCUGCAAUUAAUUGUCGUUCGAUCAUCCAUGCACAACAGUUGAGUAAGGGUGGGGAGCUUUUGACUUUCACUUGGUUGAUGAUGUAUCAUUUUGGUCUUGGGACUCAGUUCACUGAGCAAGAACGACAAGACACCACAAACACCAAUAUGGGAAUCAUGAAGUGAUUAAUUAAUUAGUGUAAUAUAUUCUCUAAUUAUUACAACUUUAUUAUUAGAGUGGUAAUUUGUGUUCAAAGAUGGGUCCAUUGUCAUUGUUUAUAAGGUUUUUCUUCAAUGAAUUGGUUUUCCAAACCAUAACCAAUAUAACAAGCAAUAGUAAUAAUAUACUAAACUUGCACACGAAGAAAUAUAUCUUCCA